UGUUCAAGUCUGUCUACAUUGUGUCCGUGCCACUUGCAGUUUGACAUGGAAGAAAAUAUUUGACCUGUUUCAUCACACCAUUCUGUCAGUGGCUUAUUCCAGGAAACCUUUUGCAGAAUUAUAAGGACAUAGAAAGAAGGUUCAAGCUGUGUUGUCGAAAAUAGAAUGGGAAGUUAUCUCUUGCUCUAUAGAUUGGAGCACAUAACAACAUUGCUAUGAAAAAGGAAAUAUUCUAAAUGUUCUAUGACACCAAUUUGGUGUCAUAGAACAUUGCGAUAAAAAGUAGGGGUUUUUUUUCAAUAGAGAAGUCUCAGAAGUUUUAUUCUGCUUUUCUCCUCAAUAACUUCCUCUUUCCUCGUUUUCCUCAUCACACGCUGUCACAUGGAGGGCUGUGCAAGAUCCUGUGUUGUGAGGUUGAGUAACUUGUGUGCAUCUCCUGGACUGGGUUCUUGUGAAGAGGCAGUGUGUGUAACGCUGGUGUGUGUGUCUGUCCUGGACUGGGUUCUUGUGAAGAGGCGGUGUGUGUAACGCUGGUGUGUGUGUAUCUCCUGGACUGGGUUCUUGUUUUGGUGACUCCUGUCCUGUGGGAUGAAGAGGAUGCUGGGUCCCCUUCUCAAACUCCUGCUGCUUUUGGCCGCGGUGUCAUACGGCACUGCGACAUCCUGUGACAUCAGCAGGGAUGAACCGGUUCCCUGCUAUGGAACACUGGGGCAGUCCGUUUCUAUGAAUCUGAAAACAGCCACCAAUCAUGAAUGUUCUGGCAUACAACUUGAAAUAAAAUUCAAUGGUGUUGAUUUUUUCAGAUGCAGAAAUGGUAAACCAAGUCUUCACAAAGCCUGUAAUAAUCACUGUCGUUUAGUCAAUCGGGCUUUCUGGCUGGAGAACUUAACACAAAAUCUUUCUGGGACGUAUUCUUUUCAAGAGUUCGAUGAAAAUGGGAAGAAUUUGCAAAAUGGAAAAAUAGAGCUCAUUAUUCAAGGGCGCCCAGCGAGCAUCGUGGCCAUUGUGCUGGGAACAUGCUCCUUACUUCUAGCCCUGCUUGUCGGGACGUGGUGCGUCUACAAGAAAAUGCAGCAACAAACAACCACGAGCCAGACAAGUGCCGGCGACGGGCCGGAGGGGGACCCGCAGGAGUUGGUGUACUGCGAGGUGCAGGUGGCGAAGGGGAAGGAUCGCCCAAAGAAGCAGCAGCAGGAGCCGCAGGUGGUCUACGGGGAGGUGAAAGUGAGAUGAGCUGGAAAGGCUGUCGGACCCCCAGCCGUGGGACAGACGAACGCGGCGCGCGGUGUACGUGUCGUCCGCCCGAAGAUGCAGCCGAUCACAGAGCGGACUCCCGGCUAAAAUUCGUUAGAAUUUAGCACCGAAUAACCACGCGUAAAAAAGUUUGCAGGAAAUCUUCGACGGGAACUACAGUAUUUCAGAGGAAAUGGCAUUUUCUGUCAUUUGAGGAACUGUCAAAUCUGAGGAACAGCUGUGUUACGCAACAAAAUGUCAAUAUUAUGUGUUACCAGACUCUUGAAAAGCUGAGAUCCACAGACAUUUUUACUGUUGAUGACAAUAGGCUGGCAGGGUGGUAUAGGGUUAUUGUGUUAUUGUGAAUUAAUGAGUAUAAUGUCUAGACUCUAUUUUUCUGUAACAUAAUUCUUGCAUUUAAUGCAGACACAUGCUAUUACUGCUAAUAACCAUGUAUAAUGCUGUUUGUGUGUGUGUGUGUGUGUGUGUGUGUGUGUGUGUGUGUGUGUGUGUGUGUGUAUAUAUAUAUACUGAAGAGGUCAUUGCGGUUAAAUUAAAAACAAUGGUUAUGCAACUAAAUAUUAGUUCAGUAAUUUAAGAAAUCUUCAGUUUCUUCAGUUUAUACAGUUUGAAGAGAGUUUGAGGAGAAAAAUGUUUUCACAGAUUAAUAUUCCCUUUCUUUGCUUCCUGUAAAA